GAAAUGCGCUGAUAAGUAAUUCAAUGAUAUGAUAAAAAAACGUUUCUUCUUUUCUGUUUCUCGGUGAGUGAAAGUCUCGUAAUUUGAAGAUCUUACUUCACUAAAGGAAAAAAGAUUUCGAGAUGGUUCGGCAUGUUGAAGUUGGGGAGACUGUCUACGCGAAAUGGCCGGGGAGUACUAAGUUUUAUGAAGCUGUUGUCAAAUCUGUCGACAAAGCUAAAUGCGAAGUUGAAUUCAAAGGCGAAGAGUACGAGACAUUAGUUCCUUUCAGUGACGUAUAUCACAUUUCUUAUUUCCAACAACGCUCGAAGUCGUCUUCGCCAUCUCGCAGAGCCCGAAGUCGCUCGCCCGGCCGUCGAAGAUCUCGAUCUCGCUCUCCAGCACGUCGGCGAACUGCCGCCAGAAGCUCGCCAAGCCCGCCGAAACGCCAAGGGCGUUCGCCUGGUCGUCCGAGCAAUGUCACAGCAGAAAAAAACGAACCCGAGACACCAAAGCGUUCACCAGUGCGCUCAAGGAAAGCCAAAGGAGAGAAAGUAUCAGAAGAGAAAACGCCUUCACCGAAGAAGCCUUCACCAAAGCCUGAAAGGAGGGGUAGGACUCCCAAGAAGGUAGCACCACAGCCUGAAACCCCAACUCGCAUAACAAGAUCUUUGACAAAGUCGUUAGUUAAAGAGGAGAAGGAAGCUUUACUAGGAUCCAUGUAUGAUGAAGAGAAAGAGAAGGAUCGCAAAAGAGGGAGAAGGGAGUAUGAAUUUGGAGGCCCAUUUGGAGCGUUUGUGUUCAUCUUUGGUCUUCCAGUGUGUGUCUUUGCCUUUUACUUCUUUUGCGUUGGCAAGGACGGGAAGUGCUCUUUUAGGCAACAAAGUGUCAGUUUGCCUCAGUGGAAGGAGUUUUUCAACCCACAGGCACAUCUUGUAUAUGCUGCCUGGAUGCUGUACCAAGUGCUUCUGUACAUGCUUCCAUUUGGAAAUGUUAUCAAAGGCCCCCAGCUCGCCGACGGAAGCCAGCUUGAUUACAGAAUAAAUGGUCUGUUUGCCUUGCUGGGAACCAUUGCUCUGUUCUUUGCCUUGAUGGCAAACAAGAUCCCAGUGACGUUUGUGUAUGACAACUUUCUGUCGCUAAUAACUGCCACCAUCCUUUGGUCUGUGGUGAUCAGUGUUUUUCUCUUUGUCAAAGCCAAAAGACAAGGCAGUGGCCUUUCUCCUGGCGGUAAUACAGGAAAUGCCAUCUAUGACUUUUUCAUGGGCCACCAACUGAAUCCAAGGAUUGGCAACUUUGACUUCAAGUUCUUUUGCGAGAUGCGUCCUGGUUUACUAGGCUGGAUGAUGAUCAAUUUUUGUCUGGCCGUGAAAGAAUCUAAUGAUUAUGGAAGUUUAUCUCCUGCCAUGCUGCUAGUUUGUGCUUUCCAAUUCAUCUAUGUUGCGGAUUGUCUUCUCUUUGAGGCCAGCAUCUUAAGCACCAUUGACAUGGUACAUGAGGGAUUUGGGUACAUGUUGGCAUUUGGAGAUCUGGCUUUUGUACCAUUCAUGUACUCACUACAGGCCCGCUUCCUUGUCGAUCACCGCACUCAUCUGCACUGGGCUGCCAUCGUUAGCAUAGUUGCCUUGAAAGUUGUUGGCUAUGUUAUCUUCCGUGGCUCCAACUUGCAGAAGGAUUACUUCAGGCAACACCCAGAAGACCCUGAAUUCAAAGAUAGAGAAACCAUCUUGACUCCUAGCGGUAAGCGCCUGAUGGUGUUUGGCUGGUGGGGGCUGGUGCGACACCCUAACUACCUUGGUGAUAUUCUGAUGGCUAUUGCCUGGUCUCUUCCUUGUGGCUUCUCACAUGCCAUACCUUGGUUCUACCCCCUCUACCUUACCGUCCUUCUCAUUCACCGUGAGUUCCGCGAUGAGGCGCUCAACAGCCACAAGUAUGGCAAACUUUGGGAUGAGUACUGCAGGCGUGUUCCCUAUAGGAUCUUUCCUAAGGUCUUCUAGAUAGCUAUGUGUACAUCAAGCAUAUGCAUACCUCAACUUCAGAAUGUCUACAUCCUAUCUAGUGCCCCCUAUAAAAACGGGUGUAAGAAUGCUCAAAGCAUGAUAACAGCUUGUACAUCGUCUUUAUAUUAGUAUACUUGCAUAUCACUGCCCUCAACUUAUAGAGGUUAUAAGGGUGCACUAAGCAUGAUUACAGCCCAUCGAUGUACUUCAUAUACAGAAACCUUGUGUUCUAGUGAUAUUUACUUACAGUGAUGGAGAAAGAAUAGCUCUUACAUGAUCUAUACAAAUCCAUACUUCUCUUUGUAUCAUAUGCGGUAACAUGUUUGCAAGCCUUGGACCUUAGAACCCAAGGGACAUACACUUGUCUUCUUCUCCUCCUUACAUCCCCAAGGGAUUGAUUUUAAGGGCUAUACUGUGGUCUUGCAUUACUGGAUAGGUCCUUCCAAUGCAUCUCUCAUAACUUUGUCUUAACUUUUUACGAGUUUCUAUUCCAUGCAAAAGCUAGCUUCGGUUUUACAAUAUGUAUUGCUAAUAAUGGCAAUCUGCCACAUUUUUAAGGCUUGUUAGUAAAUACAUUUUACUGUAUACUGUAGACCUCAAGGGUUUUCGCAUAGACGGGGCUGAUUGUCAAUUCUCUUCAUUAAUACCUAUGAGAUUUCCUCGCGUGCAAGGGACUUCGUAUAUAACGGCCAAGAGUCGGAAUUUCUAACUAGUUCCGUACUAAUGCAUAGCUUUCGUUAAGAGGAGAGUGGUGUUUUUUUCCACGUUUUAACAAGUUUUACUUGUAAAAAAAAACUCAAAUGAUAUCUUUGUGGUUGCUUACUUUUUUAUUGUAUGUAGGAAGCAUUGUAUUUUAUUUUAUUCUAAACAAUAAAAGAAUAUCUAAAAAGCAGUACAUUCACAUAACCUUUAGCUUAUAAAGGGGCCAACUUACCUGUCCGAAAAUGAUUUGCUUAGUAGUCAUUUUUUAUGCUCACGAAAGUCAAAGCAUUGCAUCCUGGGAUGGCUGAGAUGGCUGAGCCCCUUUAAACAUGAUCAACAUCAUCGAUGUUUUUUCUUUAAGUUUUAGGGUAUGUGUUUUUACUGCAAAUACGUAUUUCACAUAUAAUAACGGAUUGUACAUACCUUUAUAACUCAUGUAUCCUAUUUACAUUUGAUUAUUUGAAGUGAUUUUUAUUCGAAGCCUCAUAAUUUAUACUGAUCAUGCGUGUUGUACACUUAGCUAAGAGCGAUGUAGCUUAACCCAGCUUAGAGCGAUGUAGAUGCAUUUCUUGUAAGAAAAGAAAAAGCGUGAAUAAAGAGAUGUAUAAAAUUUCAA